AUGCUUCCCAAACUAUCCAGAUUAGCAGAUUUUCUCAGUAACUGUGAACCAGAGGCGCGCUCCAUCUCCGGCUGUCUGCGGGAAAACUACGCCGACUGCCUCCUGUCCUACUCCGGCCUCGUCGGGACCGUGAUGACUCCUAACUACGUGCGCUCUCAGGGCAUCAGCCUCUCGCCGUGGUGCGACUGCAGCAGCAGCGGAAACAACAAACCAGACUGUGACAAGUUCACACAAUUCUUCACCGACAAUCGCUGCCUCCGUAACGCCAUCCAGGCCUUUGGCAACGGGACCGACGUGGGCGUGUGGCAGCCUCAGCCCCCCAUCCAGCCCACCACCGUAGACCCAGGGCGGACCCGGACCCGGACCCGGACCAGGACCAGAGACCAGAGCGGCAACUCCCUGGACACUCUGACGGACGUGACCAGGCUGGACCUCGACGCCGACUCCGCCUUCAACACUUGUGGUUUGCAGGCUCAGAAACUGAUGUCGAACCUGUCCACAGACUCCUCCCUCUGCGCGCACCACCCUCUGGUAGAACCCAGCUCCAACGCCGUCGCUCACAGCCGCUCGCCCCCUCGUCCGGACUCACCUCCAGCCGCCCUCCUCCUCUUCCUCCUUUUGUCUUUGUCUUCAUCGCUGACGCUUUAUGAACGACUUCCAACCAUGUGA